AUGAAGGUCUUUGUAUGUCUGUGCGCGCUCUUCGCUGUGGCCAAUGCCGGAUUUCUGGGCCUGCUCGGUGGUGGCGGUGGCGGUGGUGGUGGCAGCUCCAAUGGCGGAUUGAAGGCUAGCAUCAGUCUGGGCGGCGGUGGUGGCUCCUACGGUGGCUCACAUGGCGGCUCCUAUGGCGGUUCCUACGGUGGCUCACAUGGUGGUCAUUAUGGUGGCUCACAUGGACAUGGACAUGGACCCGUCCAGGUGGUCAAGGUGAUUCAUCAGCAGGGCGGCAGUGGCUACUCCCAUGGUGGUUACUCCCAUGGUGGUUACUCCCAUGGUGGUUACUCCACUGGCGGCUAUGCCGGUGGUUAUAGCUAUGGCCCCGCACCACAGGUCUACAAGGUUAAGGUCAUCUCUGGCGGUGUUGCUGCACCAGCACCCAGCUAUCAUGGACAUGGCCACUCCUCCUCCGACGUCAAGGUCAUCAAGGUACUGCACCAGGAAUCUGCAGCACACCACGUCGGUGGCUCCAUCGUUGAGAGUGCUGCCCCACAGGUGAUCAAGGUGGUGCACGAGAGCCAUGGCUCUGGCAUCCAUUCGAUUGGUGGUGGCGCCGUUGUCCAUGCACCCACCAAGGUGGUGCGUGUCAUCCAUGAGCAUUCCUCCGUUGCUGCCCCCGCCCCCAUCUAUAGUGCACCCGCUCCCGCUCCCAUCUACAGUGCACCCGCUCCCGCCCCCAUCUACAGUGCACCCGCUCCCGCUCCCAUCUACAGUGCUCCCGCCCCCGCUCCCAUCUACAGUGCUCCCCCUCCAGCUGCUGUUUACGGUGCUCCCAUCUCCGUUCCAGCUCCGGCUCCUGCUCCGAUCUAUAGUGCUCCGAUUGCCAGUGCUCCUGUAUACAGUGCACCAGUUUCGGUUGCUGCACCACAGCCCAUUUACACGGCACCAGCAGCUCCCGUCUACACUGCCCCCGCUCCUGCCCCCAUCCAGUACAGCGCUCCAGUUUCAGCUCCUGCUCCUGCUCAUGUUCAGUACAACGCUCCCCUGCAGUACAGCGCUCCCGCCUCGGCUCCAUCGCCGGUGCUCAGCGUUCCCGAAUCCGCACCUGCUCCCACUUUCAGCCAGGGUCCAGUGUUGAGCUUACCUGCUCCCGCUGAGGAUCAGGCUCUGCCCAUUGGUCAUACACCUGCCCAGACCUAUGGACCACCUCACUUUUAAUUAGGAAUAACAACAGCAACAACCACCACAAUUGCACCACCAGCACCAGAGCACUGAAGGCGUUCUUGCCACUCAUCGAAGUCCUUCUAUACUACUACUACGACCUUCUACCUCUAUCGACCUAUCGACCCUUCGACAUAUCGAUCCAUCCAACGCCAUAAGUUAUUUGAAUUUUUUUUUAUAGUUAUAUUUUUUUUGGUUUUGUUAACAAAAAAAAAAAAUGGAAA